GAUGAAUCAUCAUCUUCAUACAGCUUUACUGAUUGAUGAAAUUAUGUAUCUCGCUGUUAUUUAUAUAUAUAAGGCUAUUGAUUGUUGAGGGGAUGCAGUUCAUCUUGGCACCACUUUCAUACAUUCGUCCACAACACGUUGCCGUGUAGUCGGCUUCUUUGAAGUAGUAAGUACAUAGGCAGUUCUGUCAUGCAACUACGUCAGAGAAUCACACUUACAGAAUCUUUAUAUUGUUCUGUUUACAACGACCUAGAAGUCUCCGACGAGCCGGGGGAUGCAGCGCAAGGCUGGGCUAUUCCUUUCCGCGCUUGCUAUCGUGUGGACAGGAGUAGUAGCGCAAGAUGUUGCAAAUUGUCCACUGGGCACGACGGUUUGGGCGUUCUGGCUUCCAGGGGACCAGCGUGAGGCUUGGGUAUCCACACAUAAAUACGUCUAGGAUGAACCUAAUGCCAAUCUAACGUUUUCCACUUUCAAAACUUCAUAUAAGUGCAUCCUCCACAUCCGUAGCCAUUUUGGCUCAAGGACUUAUUCCCCUUUGUUCUCUUUUCAAGGUGUGCUGCAAAUCUUGAUUGGCUUUCACCCUUUGGUGAAGGUUUAGGCCCUGCGGCGCUCAAAGCACUAAGUAAAACAACCGGUUAGUUUUCACCUUGAGCACAAACGUAGACUUAUCCCGUGCAACAAUAUAAUAUUAAGUCUAAUAGGCCUUAGCUUUAUUUGUUUAUCUACAACAUCGUGCAUGGUCCAGGUUUCAGCUUAUUAUCCAGAUGAGGAGAUAUAUCAUGUUGAUUGGCGACAUGCGCAAUCGUUUUGUCGAGAUAUGAGGACUGCGCAUGUGCAUAGUAAUGAAGAUCGCUACCGUCCAAAAUGUGAGAAGAAGCCGUGGGAGGUAUUUGAAUUUUGACACUCAUGGAGGCCCUCGGGCACAUGAUGAUGAUUAAUCAGUAUCGCAGUUAGUGAAGAUUCUUCUGCAACUAGACGAUGACCAGAAUCAUGUUCAUGAUGAUAGUUCUUUGACCCUCUCUCUCGUGCAUUACUUUUCUCCUUAUGCAUUAUCAGAUAUGGGAAGUUCAGACGAUGCUCCCUUGUGGAAACCGUAUUAUUGGCGCGAAAUCUACUGGCGAUACUGUUCACCAGGCCGAGUUUGAUAAUGGAGAAGAAGUCUUUAUCGGAAUGGGCGUCGCGAUUGCAAUAGCAAGUACUUCUACUUCUGAUAAGUACAAGCGUUCCGCGAUUGCGAUGGAAAGUACUACACCGUGAUUACAGUCUUGCACGACGAUUCAAGGCAACUUACUAUGAGAUCUCUGAAUCAACCCAUAGAUGCAUCUAUUCUUCAGUUUCCUGUGUUGUACUGCAGAAUGAAAUUCAUUUGAGCUGCAAGAGAAAAAUUCACAAUCUCUGUCUCAUCUACGGGCUGUGGAUGUAGGUAAUAUCCCUGAUGCUGUAGAGUAAUAUUAGUUGACAGAGGCUCGUUGUAGACAGAAAAAGGUGAGUAGUUCAGGUCAGUUGUAGACAGAGGAAGUUGAGUAGCUCAGACAGGAAGACACUGAAGACAAGAAGCUUAAUCGAGCUAAUUCCUAUUAUUAGUCUCAUCUACGGGCUCAUUAUUAUUCAAUCAGUAAUAAUCUACGGGCUGUGGAAGUGGGUGCAGAGCGUGGCCCGAGAGCGACACCACAGGCAAGAAGGAACACCACCACCAAAGAGCAACAAAGUUUUAUCGUUUUUGUCGAAAACACCGGAGCGUUUAGGAAAGACGUUCAGUUGGGAUAAAACACUGUCACCACUCGCGAUCGCGAAAUUCACCGCGAAAGAGGGGGGCGAUGGAGGGUAAUAGAUUUUAAGAUUACUGUUACUGAUUUUUCUGUUUUUGUAUCAUGUGAAAAAGCAGCAGAACUUCCAGUAUCUAUUUCUUGUGCCUAUGUAAGUAUUUAUUUCUAAGAAGCAAGUCUCAGUCUGUCACAAAUGACAAUGAGCAGGACUUAAGGGAAUGCUUUCGAAGUUACACUGUUUAUGUAUCCAUCUGGCAGGCGGCUACUCGACUUCGACGAUCUGGAAAAAAAUGUUGGUGGUCGACCGUCUCUGUUUGAUCUGGCAUUAACACAGCACGGCGAAGAGAAGGCGCUAGCGGCGUCGUCGAGAAUAGCGAAUAGUAGAAUUACGGGUUUUUUGUUAUGUUGUGCAAUUUUGGCUGUACCAGGAUUUUUAAGGGAUUUUCGUUGAUGCGCCACCGGAAGUAGAUUCCAUGUUAUCGCUUCAGUCCCGCUGUCACUUUGUCUAUUUAUAUAUACAAUAAAAACAGCAUAGAAAAGCUGAAAAUGAAGAGCUCCUCUAAGGGAAGCGGAGCCCCCUAUGCAGUGAAAGUGGAGAAAAAUAACGCGCCGGAAGAAAGGUUGCCAAUAUCCGCGACCCUUGCGGCAAUGAGUGGCGGCCAUUUGGUGCCUUCAGGCAGCAGGGCAUCCUCUGCGCGAAGCGACGGUAGGAAAAGGAGUAAGGGCCGCGUCCAACCACUGAUGGUAGAUGACCGGUCAACAGAAGCUCGACUGUUGCGCGCAGCAGAGGCAGGGAAAGUUAAGGAUCAUUUGUUUGCUAGCGUAGUCUGGAAUUGCUUUUUUUACUUCUAAUUCUGUAGGGUUCACUAGUACACGUUCCAACUAAAUACUAAUUCUUGUUCCCAAAUGAUUUUGAUUAGUCUUUUUGCUCAGUGAAGCAUUAUUUUUCUAGUUCUACUAAUAUAAAUAUGUAUGAAAACUUCUAAGGAGUCCAAGCGGGAUGCGUAUGAGGUGGAGAUGAGCAACUUGAGUAUGGACGUGGAAUCGGUGGAAAGUCGAGGCGUUGAUAAAGGUGGAAACUUGGAAAUUCUGCAGCCACUCCAACUCUUCCCGGAUAAGCGACGCGGUUAUCGCUUUAACGGUGGAGAUGAGCAAAACGGUACUUCAGCAGGUCCACCUCCGCGAGCCCCGAGCGCAACUCGACGCGCAUCAACGGGCAGUGUCAAUGCUAUGAAUACUCACCGGAGUGGAAGUGGUAGUCAACCUGCGAUGUUCUCGUCUCAGCAUAGUCGCUCCUUCAAUGCAGGCAUUGCGGCAGCGCGACGGGGCUCAGAGCUGGCAGCGAGUACCAGGUCAGUCUCAGCAAGUCGGGGAUGGAGCGCGAACAUUCAGAAAGACUACUCAGCGCGUGGCAGCUCGGUUCCGCAAAGUGCAAGGUCCAAUAAUUAAGGCGACUUGCAGAGAAAGGACGGGGAGUGUACUCGAAGCGACUUCUUAGUUGAAAAGAAGAUGAGGGCAUACAGAUGUAUGUAUGUAGCACGUUGCAGUUCACCAACCUUCCCGUUCGGUGGGCCCACAGCCUUUGUGGGUUCUCCUUACAUCAGUAGUGCUCAUCGGGUUGGCGGUGGGGAUACCCUUUUCUUGUUUUCAGUUUUGACAUGUGGGACAGAAACAAGGUGCCCACAGUGCCGGGGGGAACUGCCAUGCAAACGGUAAGUCAUGUGCACACACCUCUGCAUCUCCAGCACAAGACAUCUGUUGGGAUCAGAGAAUAAUGGGCGUCAACUUUUGUUAAAUAGUAAGCCAGCAUCUUCAUCAUCGUCAUCAUCUCCUCACCAAGUCCUUCUACUUCUUUGAGUACACCUCCUCACUUGCCACCACGCGCCCGCUUGCGGUGCUUUUCUUCUCCUUCGCCGCGCCGCUGGCACUGGCUUUCGGUCAAUUCUUGCCUUUUCCCUUUUUUGUUGCGAUUAUUGCCGGCACCUGCACCCGCCGCUUGUCCUGCUUCUUGUUGCUGCCCUUGCUCGUCGGCUCCAGAGCGAGAGAGGGCCUUCGGUUUGAGCUUCACGGAGGACGCGAAGCGCUUGAAAACGUUGCUGUCGUUGUCGCGACACCAUUCCGUUAGUGCCAUGGACGUGGUUCCCAGAUGAAGCACCAGCUCAUACCAGUAGUUGCAGAAGGCAUACAGAGAGUUAAUUCUCACGACUAUCUACAGACCAAAAAACUCAAGCAUGUAGACUUUUUAUUGGGUUCUAUUGGUUGUUCGCAAUACCUCUAAUGAUUCGCCGGAGCAUCGAGGCCUUAAUCGGGAAGGAUAAACUUGGGGAAUGGCGGCCACUCUGUUGGAUUUGGGUAGCUCAUACCACAAGGAAAGUAAUGUACGAAAGACAUUGAGCUGAUCUUUCUCGUUCGAGGAUGCUCUGCAUUUGUAGUGUUUUAGCGAUUCUGCUGCUCUGCCACCGUGUACGAAAGGCCUAUUCGGUUUAUAGAAGAGAACAAGAAAAAGAAGAGAACAAUAUACCAUUUCCCCAUACAGUGAGACAAAUAUGUUGAAAAUUAAGCACCGGCAUUUUACCAGAGGGCCCCAUUCAAUGACCGGAUCAUACAUAGCAUAUAAAGUGCUUGAGUUUCAGUUUAUGUGCAUGCUGAUUUAUCGUAUUCAUAUCGGGUGUGCAGAAUUCACGCUUCCUCGUACGAUAAGACAGCCACUCGAUUUUCUGCCAUGACAAUCUCCCUGUUCUAUUCCAUGACAAUCAUUUGAUGUUUCUAUUCCGUCUUGCACAAAAAAGGCACCGCAUAAUUUGGGCUAAAGUUGUCGUGCUGCUAUACCAUGUGAGUGAACGACCUGUACAGAUAUGUCAUGAAUGAACCCCUCAUGCUUCUUCGUAAAUCUAAAUGGAGAAAAAUGUUGGUUGGUGAUGCUAUGUUGAUGUUGCUACUGAAAAAGAAACCCAUUCAAU